AUGGCGGCUUACACGGUUCCUGCGGCUGUCAGAUGCUCAGUGACAUUUUUGCUAAAAGACAUUGUUCUGACCUCAAAGAGAACUUGUUGUCUGUCAGGAAGUAACACUGGAAAAGUUUACACGAGUUGGAGGACAUGCAGUUCAUCUGCAUCAUCAUGCUCCUCUGAGUCUCCAGCAGCAGAUAUUUGUGCCUCCAGUGAAACUAUUAGACACUAUGGCCGCCUCGUUCAGUCUGGCUCCCUCAGGGAAGAUGCUCAGCAGAGAGAAGUCGUCCGGCGGCUGUCUCAGCUGCAGCACAGCCUGAAGAACUACACAAACAGCAUGUACUUGAACCCACCUCCACAGACGCUAAACUUAAAAGAUGACAACAGUCAGCUUCCAAAUGAGAAAGACCCCCAAGUUCCAUCAGCUGAAGACAAAGGUGGUGGAUCCGCUGCUAAGGAGGAACCCACUCCGCCACCACCACCCAAAGGCUUCUAUAUCUAUGGAGAUGUUGGCACAGGGAAGACCAUGCUCAUGGAUCUGUUUUACUCCCGUGUGGAAAACACUCGUAAAAAGCGAGUCCACUUCAAUGGCUUCAUGCUGGACAUCCACAAAAGGAUCCAUCGGAGGAAACAAAGCCUGCCAAAACGAAGGCUAGGGAAAAUGUUCACCUAUGACCCCAUAUCACCGGUUGCCAUGGAGAUCAGCGAUGAAACCUGCCUCCUGUGUUUUGACGAGUUUCAGGUGACCGACAUUGCCGAUGCCAUGAUCCUGAAGCAGCUGUUCGAGACGCUGUUCAAGACCGGAGUGGUGGUGGUGGCCACCUCCAACAGACCCCCUGAUGAUCUGUACAAAAACGGACUUCAGAGGGACACCUUCCUACCUUUCAUCGACGUGCUGAAGGAGUACUGCCACACAAUCUGCCUGGACUCUGGGAUUGACUACAGGAAGCUGAGCAAGGCUGCAGCAGGGAAACUCUACUACCUCACAGGGGAGCCUGGUGCAGAGGCCUUCUUGGAUGCGAUGUUUGAGGAGCUGGCCUUAAGACAAAAGAGUGUUACAGGCCCUCGGGCGCUCACGGUGCUGGGCAGAGACGUGACUCUGGAAAAGACCUGUGGCUCCAUCGCUGACUGCACGUUUGAUGAGCUGUGUGGCAGAGCUCUGGGUGCGAGCGACUACCUGGAAAUGGCGCAGCUCUUUGACACCGUAUUCAUUCGCCAUGUUCCCAUGCUGACGCUGACCCUGAAGGACCAGGCCAGGCGCUUCACCACCCUCAUCGACAACUUCUACGACAACAAGGUAAGAGUGGUGCUGCUGGCGGCAGCUCCUGUUGACCGGUUGUUUGUCCACACUGGAGGGGAAGAUGAGAGGGACCGACAACUGCUGGAUGACCUGGGCCUCAGCGGGGAGGCAGCAGAGCGCCUGACUCUGUUCACGGCCGAGGAGGAGAUCUUUGCCUUCCAGAGAACCGUCUCCAGACUGACGGAGAUGCAGACGGAGUCGUACUGGAUGGAGGGAGACCGAAGUCGCAGCUAGAAGCACAUGAACACCUAACAUCCACUGCUGACUGCCUGAUAAGCAUAUAACUCCAAACAACACAAUACCUCACUGAGUACUGAUACUGCAUACGUUCCUAUUUAACAUAAAUAGAAAAGAUCAAGUCUAUUUUGUAAAUAAGGAGCAGUUUACAGUCAGUAUAUCCAAAAAAGACCUGAUAUCCAAGGAAAUAUAUAAGUAUGCAAAACUAGAUACCUGUUUUCAAUUUGGAUCUGACUUCCCAUCAUCUUUGCUUCACUGUCUCCUCUGUGAGGUGUGCUCUCUCCCCCUUGUGGACUGUUAAUUUGAAAGAAUAUGAAAACCUCUCCAACAUGAGUGAACCACAAGGCAAACAGGUGCUCUGCUUCACAGAGAUGAAGGGGGCCAAGUGUCCCUCAGAGUAGUUGGCUGCUGCCCUCGAGUGGCCGAUGGUGGGAUAGGGUAAAAUAUUCUUAAGACGUUCCUAUUUUUAUGAAACAACAUCAAUCUCUGUGCAUUUUUUUUAUGGAUUUAAGGUGUCAUGCAUGACAUUAAUCCACGUAUUUAAUGAAUGAGACCAGAAUUCAAGAGAAAUGUUAAGUCAUCUUUGUGCUAAGCUCAGUGGCUGUUAGAUUGGCAUGAUGUAUUCCAUGUUUAAAUCAGUGACUUCACCAACAUGGUUUGACUACAGCUGCUGUUUCUAACACUGUACUUUGUAUCUAUCGGAAGGAGAGACUUGUUUUACAUUGUUACAUGAAAUGGUGCACGCAACUGCGAGCUGCAAACUGCAGUAAAGAUUUAAACGUCAUAAAGUUGUCGAUUCAAACAGCUGUGAAUGGGGUUUGCACUCUUAAAUCUAGACUUUUCAUGAAGUCCUGUCAUGCAGGUGUGUAACUAUGAUCAACAGUGAAAUAUUAAAUUUAAGAAAUGCAAAAAUAAGAAAAGUUCUUCAGAUGCAAAAAGGGUUAUUUUAUUUUAUGUUCAAAAUGUAAUCAAAUUAGAAAAAGUGACAUUUUUUCCUCAUUUUUUCAUUUUUGCAGAGAGACUUAAUUGUAUUUGCACCUGGAGAACUUCUUCUACUUUAUUGUCACUGCAUGUCAAUGUUUUUUUUUCU